AAUUCAUGUGGUCGUGAGAUGAGAAGUUAUCCUACUUUGCCAUUUCCUUCCACAACUUCAACAAGCUUCAUGUCGUACCCACACAUACAAUAACAUGUCGAACACAAUCCAUCAUAAUCCGCCACGUCAGCCCUGUAAUCCAUUUGGAUAGAUGCAUCAGAUUCCAUCCCCCCAUACUCACCAAUCACAGCCAUCCUAUGUGGCAAGUCCACAUCCACCAAAACUCCCAUUUAGCAACACACUCCUCCGUCUCACACAGAAAACAAACUACAUUAUCAAACCAACCAUCUAAAAGUUCUCUGGUGACACUACCUCGUUAUCGGACGAAUGGCUUCUCUGGCAGCAGCCUCUCUCAGCGUUUCUGAAAUGCGCGGAAACCCAAUCAACUUCUCAAGUGCUUCCAGAGCGGCUCCUUCGCCUUCCACUCCUGCUACAUUUAAGACAGUUGCUCUUUUCCAAAAGAAGAAGCCCGCGCCUCCACCCAAGGCUAAGCCCGCAGCCGUCACUCCGGCUACCGAUGAGCUCGCCAAGUGGUACGGUCCUGAAAGGAGAAUAUUCUUGCCGGAAGGUCUUUUGGACCGAUCGGAGAUCCCGGAGUACCUUAACGGAGAAGUCGCCGGAGAUUACGGUUAUGAUCCUUUUGGACUUGGCAAGAAACCUGAAGACUUCGCCAAAUACCAAGCCUACGAGCUGAUCCACGCACGAUGGGCAAUGUUGGGUGCAGCUGGUUGCAUUAUUCCUGAGGCCUUCAACAAAUACGGUGCUAACUGUGGUCCUGAAGCUGUCUGGUUCAAGACCGGAGCCCUACUACUAGAUGGAAACACAUUGAACUACUUCGGAAAGAACAUCCCCAUUAAUCUCGUCCUAGCGGUGGUUGCUGAGGUUGUUCUUGUUGGUGGUGCAGAAUAUUACAGAAUCAUCAACGGCUUGGAUUUGGAAGACAGGCUGCACCCUGGUGGACCAUUUGACCCAUUGGGUCUGGCUAAGGACCCAGACCAGUUUGCACUAUUGAAGGUUAAGGAGAUCAAGAAUGGUAGACUAGCUAUGUUCUCCAUGUUUGCAUUCUUCAUCCAAGCGUAUGUGACCGGACAAGGUCCUGUUGAGAACCUUGCAUCUCACUUGAGUGACCCCUUUGGAAACAACUUGCUAACCGUCAUUUCUGGAAACAUCGAACGAGUCCCAACCCUGUAAACAACCUUUUGUGCUCCAAAACAAUGACAUUCAGAUGUUCGUGUACUUUAUAUAUUCUGUUACUAUGAGAAACGGUUCAAUAAUUGCAAGAGUCGUGUUUAAGGUUGUAACUUGUCAUAUUUGCAUCAGGGUUUACAUAUAACUUAAAAGACUACAAUGGUCUUUAAGCACC